AUGGAAGAGGAAUUUCAACGUACCGCCGAGUCUUUGAGCGUUCACCUCCCGCUCCCCUAUCGGGUUAUUCUAAUAUUCAUCAUAGGCAUAUGGCUUUUUGGCCUGAAUCUGCAUUACUUCAGCAUCAUCCGGAUUGAGGCUGGGCCAAUGCUACGAUACACACGCAGUGCAAACGAACCGCCAUUACACAGUUCUGUUUAUCAGGUUGCACUUGUGCUGUCGGCGCUUUUUGGGCUAAACUUAGUCGCUUUCUGGACUAUGACUGGUGGAAAUGAAGAGUUGGUCAGGGUGUGGGAGAUCUUACCAUCGAUGCUGUUUGCCGCGAUUGUCGGUAUAUUCUUAUGGCCAUUCGGGGGUUGGCACAAAAGGGGACGAUGGAGGUUUCUACGAAUGCUCCGACGGAUUCUCAUCGGCGGUAUCCAUCCUGACCUACGCUUUGCCGAUAUUCUGCUCGCCGACGCAUUGACGUCAUACGCGAAAGUUCUCGGAGAUUUUGCUGUCUGCAUUUGCAUGUUCAUGAGCGGACACUCCUCGACAAAUACUUCCCCCAACCGGGCUUGUGGUGGGGUGUACCUAGUUCCUUGCGUAAUGGCAUUGCCAUACCUGAUACGGCUGCGACAGUGUUUGACGGAGUAUGUCCGUGCUCGACGCAAAGGUGUCACUGAGCGUCGUGUCCACCUCUACAAUUCUGCAAAAUACGCUUCCGCCUUCCCGGUAAUCGUUUGCUCAGCCCUACAACGUGAAUAUGAUCCAGAUGUGCCGCAUAUGUUCCAGAAAUCAACACUUUCGAGAAUGUGGUUGUGCGCUGUUGUAUUCAACUCUGGUUUUUCGUUUUAUUGGGAUGUAACGAAGGACUGGGAUCUCACCUUAUUUUCGUCCAAGCGUUCCUCUGGGGAUUAUCCAUGGGCUCUUCGGGCAAACCGUCACUUUGUUGCUGUAGGGUUCUAUUAUAGUGCAAUCAUUGUUGAUAUCUUGUUGCGGGCAACUUGGAGCUUUAAACUUAGCCCUCAUUUGGACCAUAUCAAUGAGAUGGAGGGUGGCAUCUUCAUUCUUGAACUUUUGGAAGUAUUUAGGCGAUGGGUCUGGACAUUUUUCAGGGUUGAGAAGGAAUGGGUCCACUCAAGAGCUGGUGGUGGGUUAGGGUACUUGGAAAACGGGGAAGGGAUGCAACUACAGGAAUUUGGAUCGAAGUUCGUCGAAGAUUAA